AUGGAGUCAUCGGUAAAACCCAAUCCGUUCCUCUCUUUUUCCUCUUUCCUUCACCACCACUGUAAUCGGUUCGGCUCCGAGCUCUCAGCUCGAAUCGAAGACACCAAACGAUUCGCCGAAACCCUAACAUCUCGACGUUUCUCUCCUCCCUCGCCGUUCUUCGCCUCCGUCUCACAGUCCAAGCCUUCCACCGGUGGAGCCUCGACGGCUUUGAGUCCAUCUCACGUCGCUAAAGCUCUUGCUGGCACGUCGGUGUUUACCGUCAGCAACACCAAUAACGAAUUCGUUCUUAUCUCUGAUCCUGCCGGUGACAAGUCUAUUGGUUUGCUCUGUUUUCGCCAAGAGGAUGCUGAAGCUUUUCUUGCUCAGGCGCGUCUUCGGAGAAGAGAAUUGAAAACCAAUGCUAAGGUUGUUCCCAUUAAUCUGGACCAGGUGUAUUUGUUGAAAGUUGAGGGGAUUUCCUUUCGGUUCUUGCCAGAUCCAAUCCAAAUAAAGAAUGCAUUGGAGCUUAAAUCCUCCGGUAACAAGACUGGGUUUGAUGGAGUUCCGGUUUUCCAGUCUGAGCUUCUUGUUGUGAGAAAAAAAAAUAAACGUUACUGCCCUGUAUAUUUCAGCAAGGAAGAUAUAGAGAGGGAACUUUCAAAGUAUACAAGAGCGUCAAGAGGAGAUCAACAAAUUAUGGUUGGGAGCCUGGAAGAUGUAUUGAGGAAAAUGGAGAGGAGCGAGAGGAAUUCAGGUUGGGAAGAUGUGAUAUUCAUUCCACCGGGAAGAAGCUAUGCACAACACAUGCAGGAAGUGAUCAAAGAGUAA